GUCAAAAUUCGCACGUAAAAAGUAUUGACGUUUGCAGUUGCAUCUCCAAAACUGAACCCCAAUUGCUAAAUAAUUCGAAUUUAUCAUAAUAAUUCACAUGAAACGUGUCAAUUACCCAUAAAUAAACAUAGGUUAGAGAGUAGGGAUUUUAAAUAGAAUGGUUAGACAUAGGAAAAUUGGCAAUGCACACCAGAAACACGGUAACAACAACGACACAAGCAGUAGUUCUGGCAGCAGUGAGAGUUCUAUAACCAAAAAGACAUUCAAGAUCUUGUCUCUAUGGAAGACCAUCGUAGGCUUCACAUGCUUUAUGAUAGCCGUGUACGUGGGCACACUUGGAUACUUGGAAACGAGAGUGAACACUCCCUUUGACGAUGAGAAGGUGGUUAGUGAUUCGGGUCUAUCAGUACCUGAACGCUAUUGGGGUACGUACAGACCUGGUGUCUAUAUGGGGAUGAAGAGCCGUGAGCCGAGGUCCCCUGUUUUUGGACUUAUGUGGUACGAAUUGAGUGCUGCUUCACACAAGGGUAUUAGGCAUUGGUGUGAUCAGAACGACAAUCUGGCCUCGUACGGGUGGCUGCGGCACGACGGGGUCACGUUCGGGGAGCAGCUGAUGGUGGAUCAGCCGCACAAUAUCACUACCUCGUUUGUGAAAACCCCGGGCGGUGAACACGGCGGUCACUGGACUGUGAGGAUCAAUGUUACUGCCAAUGGCAACGCGAAGGUUCCCUUCAUGCUGAUCUGGUAUGGAGCGCUGGACGAGUCUCUCGGGCCGGCGGCUCCUCACUCUCGGCUGUGGGUGGAGCACGGCGCCAUACUGGGCCACACGCCGCAGCUACGCAAUUUUAGAGUUACUUUUGUGCCUUAUAAAGGUAGAUUGCUCCACACGUCGUACUCAGAAGCGUACGCACCAGGGCUGCAUCUUCUCAAGGAGAAGCUGUAUUCUCUUCUGAAAGUUGAGCGUCACUCGACAUUCGGGCGGCUCGCUGUGUUGUCUCCAGACGCCGAGCUCAAUGAUGAGGAAAAGGACGUGAACUUUGUACCAUUUCAAAUGCUGGUCGAGACCCCGUUCGUGCUUGACGUUGUGUACGCGACGGAAGAUCUGCCAGCGCCCCCGUUGAAGGGGGACGAAUAUACUAGGGUGUUAGAACAGAAGAAGAGCUCGUUCGACGCCGAGUUCGAGGACAAGUUCCAAUUGGCCGCGAAAGGAUACUCGGAAGAGGACAUAGCCAUCGCUAGAGCGGCCAUGUCCAAUAUGAUUGGAGGCAUCGGUUACUUCUACGGCGCUGGUCGCGUCCGAUCGCAGUAUACCAGGGAACCAGUACCGUACUGGAGGGCACCGCUGUAUACUGCUGUACCUAGCAGAUCGUUCUUCCCUCGCGGGUUCCUCUGGGACGAGGGUUUCCACGGGUUGCUGAUCGGGAGCUGGUCUCCUGAGAUACAAAUGGACAUUGCGGCACAUUGGCUCGACCUCAUCAACGUGGAAGGAUGGAUACCUCGCGAACAGAUACUAGGAGCGGAGGCGUUAGCAAGAGUGCCAAAAGAGUUCGUGGUGCAAAGCAACGCGGCCGCCAACCCGCCCAUCCUGUUGAUGCAACUCGCGCGGCAAGCCCGCCGCCGGCCGGAAUUGUUCGAGCCACACGGGCCGUUGCGGCCCGCCUUGGACCGCAUGUUCCCCAGGCUCCAGGCCUGGUACCAGUGGUUCCAGUCCAGUCAGAAGGGCGAGGAGCCCACGUCGUACCGGUGGCGUGGUCGGGAGGAUGACGGUAUGCAGCUUAAUCCAAAAACCCUGGCCUCCGGUUUGGACGACUAUCCUAGGGCGUCUCACCCGUCUGAGGCGGAGCGGCACGUUGACCUGCGCUGCUGGCUGUACGCGGCGGCCGACAGCAUGGCGUACCUCGCCCGUCUGCUGCACCGCGACCCCACCAGGUUCGAGGUGACCCGCGACCAGCUUGCGGACGAAGAACUCCUCAACGAGCUGCAUUGGUCGCCGCACACGCAGACCUACGCGGACUACGGUCUCCAUACUGACGGGGUACGGCUUGUCCGCCAACCGCCAAAGCACCCUGGCGAGUCGCCGCGCGUAGUGCGAAGUGUGACCGUGCCACCGCAGCUCAAGCUUGUCACCUCGGCAUUUGGUUAUGUAUCCCUGUUCCCGAUGUUACUAAAAGUAUUGCGGCCCGAAAGUGACAAACUAGGGAAAAUCCUGCAAGACCUGGAUAAACCUGACUUGCUGUGGUCACCAUACGGAUUAAGGUCGCUGUCGAAGUCGUCGCCGCUGUACAUGAAGCGCAACACGGAGCACGACCCGCCGUACUGGCGCGGCCAGGUGUGGGUGAACGUGAACUUCCUGGCGCUGUCAGCGCUGCGCCACUACGCGGCCGCCGCCGGCCCGCACGCCGCCCGCGCCGCCGCCCUGCACGCCGGCCUCCGCCAGAACCUCGUCCGUAACAUUCUCUCCGAGUACAAACGCACUGGGUACCUUUGGGAACAGUACUCAUCCGAGGACGGUAAAGGCAGCGGCUGUCGACCAUUCACGGGCUGGACGGCGCUCGUUACGCUGAUCAUGGCAGAGGAGUAUUAGAAAUAAAAUAAAUAGCGAACUGAACUUGAAGCUGUGCAAAGGUGGCGCUACUGUGUUACAACGUAACCAUAAAAAAGGGAAACUUAUGCAAUGUCUGCGAAGAUGGCGCCACUGUGUUUUAACAGUAAAUUCGUGGAAGUUAUUUUAAAAAAAUCUACAACGGUGGGAAAAUAAAAAAACAAAUAAUAUUUGAGAAUUUUCAUGAAGACAUCUUGUUCAUAUAGAUACAUUACAAGUAGAGACAUAAUAGAGUUACCUAUCUCUGUCUAACCUUGGCAAUCCGCGUAAAUCCAUCCUUGUCACGUGUUAUAUGACUGAUCGACAACACCAUAUGGUGUUAAGUCCGCCAUUUACACUAUUUAGGUGUAUUGAAGUGUAAUAAAUAAAUAAAUUAACAAGUAUACAUACCCUGUAUGUCUCUGUCUAACACAAAAUGAUGUGUUUUGUUUCACGCAUACAACUAAAUUAAUAAUUCAAAUUUUGAACUUCAUCCUAUCUCGCUCAGUUAUAAUUUCCAUCUCUUUUUAAAGGGAAAGUUGGUCUUUCUUGGGAAUAGGCAUUAAAUAUAAUAAGACAACGAAGGAUAUUUUGGAUCUAGCUUUUAUUAUGUUGAAAACUGUUAUUAAAAACUAUUAUUAAAUAAAGCUUAUUACACACUAAACGAUUACUUGAAUGAUAAGCGUGGCAUGGUGCUAGUCGAUCAGGCACGGGCUUUUAACGACCAUGCAAUUUUAGACAUAGUACAUUUAAAUAAAUACACAUAAUGUUAACAGUGAUUUAAAACAGUAACUGUUGAGUUUCUUGCGGGCUCUUCUCAACAGAUAACAACCUUAUGAACCCUGCAGUAGAUUAAAAAAAAUAAUUACGAUUUAAAAAUGCUUGUAAAUAAGUCUUAUUUGAAUAAAAAUUUGAUUUGAAUUUGGAUUUAGUAAGGGCCUAAAUAAAUUGGUCCUUCGAGCCGGGUCUAAACAGGCCCAAGUAACAUAUUGUAACAGGUUUUACAAGGUUGCAGGUUGUAAAUGCAUUUAUAAAAAAUACUAAUUUAAUAAUUAGACAAUUAGACAUAGAUAAUGAUAGAUGACUCACGUACGUCAUCAUCCAAAGUUGAUACAUUGAAAUUUUUAAAUCCCUUAUACACUGGGGCGGAUAAAAGGUUAAUCUGUAGUUAAAAAAAUCUUUAUCCUUGGAUAAAGGAUAAAUAUAAAAAUAUGCAAAAAUAAAAUACACGUGUUCAAAAACUAUGGUGAAUUUAAAAAUAUCUACAAAGAUCCGUUAUGGGCCCAGUCAUUGUACAAUAAUAAAAAUAUUGAGAAAAAUACCGAGUUUUAUGGGAAAAAGAAUUCGUCGAUAAAGUACCAAAUUUAAUUAGACAUACUUAAAAAAUCGAUAAAGAUAUUUCAUAAUGCGCCCAGUUAUUGUACAUUAUCUCAAAGUAUUGAUAGAAAUACAUAAUAAAUUAAUGGGAAAAUAGAAUUAAUUUAAUUUAAAAAAAAAGUCUUGGCACAAACAUUUUUUUUUUGUUACUGUUACACCAUAAUCUUUUUUUUUAUUGUCUGUCGUUCGACUCUUUAUGCCUGCCCCACGAGGGUAUCGGCGUGAAGAUAACAAAGAAACACUUUAUACCGCGCAAAUAUGUAGUUUAAACGUUACCGUAGACAUAGAUCGGCGUAGUGUUGCUAGAAUAAAUUAUUUGUAAUUAAUAGGUUUAUUGUCGCAAGACGCACAACGUCUGUUCGCAUUUAAAAAUCAAAAUUGAAAAAGAAAAUUGUAAAUUAUCUGAUUUCAUAUGUUCGUUUGUUUUUUUUUUUUUUUACAAUUUUAUAUGUCUAUUGAAAUAUUUUUAUUAUUAAUAAACUGACAUUGUAUUUUAAUAUAAUACUAACUACCGGUUUAGUUUUAACCAGGCAAUCGAAUAUGAACCUUUGAUUGCGGCUCCGUGUGACAGGACUCAUAAUCAUUAUAUAUUUAACAAAAAAUACCAAAUACAAAUUCAAGAAGAGGAAAAGGACCAAUCCGGUGUACAUGAAUUACGCAUAUACACCGAUGGCUCCAAAACCGAGAACGGUUCAGGAGCCGGAGUCUUUUCCUUAGACCUGAAUAUAAACGUGCACAUACCGCUUGGCGUACACAGCUCAAUAUUCCAAUGCGAAUGUGUUGCAAUAACCGAGGCUGCUGCAGCUGUACAUAAGCUAGGAAUAAAUGGUUUUAGCAUUAGAUUCUUAUCUGACAGCGCAGCAGUACUAAAAGCAUUACGAAACAACAAGACAAACAACAAAUUGAUAAUUGAAUGCCACCAUUCACUGGAUAGGAUAUCUUCCAAUAACCGAGUUAUCCUCCAAUGGAUAAGAGGGCACAGUGGAUCUUAUGGUAACGAUGCCGCAGACGAACUGGCUAGAAGAGGCUCAGGAACGAGGGUGGUAGGCCCGUAUCCACUUCUUCCUCUUCCGUUCUCGCAAUUUCGAAUGUGGAUUCGUCAAAGAUCCGCUGACAUACAAAACCAAAGAUGGAUACAGGCUACUGAUUGCAGACAAUCAAAAUUGGCCGUACCUACGUUGAAUCAACGACUAUCAAAACGUUUAUUAUAUCUAGAUAGAAAAAACCUCAAAAUAAUGAUAGGGACAAUAACGGGUCAUUGUCCAUUAAACAAACAUUUAUACACAAUAGGAGCCACAGACAGCCCUCUAUGUCGAGGCUGUUUCGACGCUGAAGAAACGGCUGCUCACGUAAUCCUGGAAUGUGAGGCUGUGGCCCAUCAACGUUUAGAAAUCCUCGGAACGGUGAGGUCGCUCCGUGAAGCCUGUGAAGAACCCAGGAAGCUUCUGCGCUUCUGGGCGGAGCUAGGUUGGCUGUACUAGCCACGACUCACACGCACAACGGCCCAAAUGGGAGGCUAAGUGCGGAAAACAGAGUCUUUCUUACAUUACAUUACAUUACAUUACCGGUUUAGUUUACCAGAGGGAGACUUUGUACAAAAGUCGUUUGCUUGCGUACCUCUGUCGCAUUCGUGUUUCUACCGCGAAGCAGUUGUGUUCGCAUGGUUGUCUUUCGGUUUGAAGGGUGGGAUAUGGCGUGAAUUUACUGGGUACGGAGAAAUAACACCUGAGUCCUCAGGAAUGGCAACGCAUGGGGGGUAUCAUGGGCGAAACAGUAUACUCUGUUAUAUCCAUGGUACUGCUCAUGUCUAUAGGCGACGGUUACCACUUUCGAUCAGGUGGCCCGUCAGCUUGUUUGCCAUUCUAAGUUGUAUAAAAAAAAACGUGUCAUUACAUCGAGAAAGCUCGACUAGUUUCGGGAUCAGUUCGUGAUCCUUAAUAAGUUUUGAAAAAUAUAUCUAAAUAAAUGAUAGAUUAAUUUCAAUUUGAGAGAUAUGGUAUCAUGCCUGCUUCUCAAUUAACUUUAAAAAUAGCGGAGCUUCUAUGUCCUACAGGAGGUACUCAAUUGGGUUGUAAUUUUUUUCAUGUUUGUUACCCCAUAACUCUGUCAGUUUUUAACCGAUUUGAAAAAUUCUUUUUUUAUUUUCAAGGAUAUACUUACAGAUUGGUCCCGCAGAAGUUUUAUCAAAAUCGGUUCGUUUGUUUAGUUUUUAAACCAAAAUAACUGGUAUCUUUACUUAUUAUGACUAUUUUUAAUAGUGCUUGCUCAAAUUCUAUUUUCAUUAUUAAUCCUAGAAACGAUACCGUAAAUAUGUUUGACUUGUUUUUCUAAAUUGGCCAUUUAAAAAUAUACAGAAAUGAAUAGAUACAGUUAAUAUAAUAAAUACAAUAUGUUUAAUUUUUUUUAUACAACUUAGAAUGGCAAACAAGCUGACGGCCCACCUGAUGGAAAGUGGUAACCGUCGCCUAUAGACAUGAGCAGUACCGUGGACAUAACAGAGUAUACUGUUUCGCUCAUGAUGCCCCCCAUGGGUUGUCUGUUAUGUAUAUGGUACUGCUCAUGUCUAUAGGCGACGGUUACCACUUUCCAUCAAGUGGGCCGUCAGCUUGUUUGCCAUUCUAAGUUUGUGUAAAAAAAUAAAAUAUAAAAAAAAAACUUGGUCAUUAUAAGACUUAAAUAUUAUAGAAUUGUUUACUAGUAAAUUAUUUUACAGUUGAAAGAGCGAAUGUGUCGAGUGUCAUUAUGUUGUUGUGAAUUACGUACUGCAUUACGAUACGCAUUGGCAUUUGUGUUGUAUAUUUUGUAAAUAGAUUUGUUAAUAAAACAUUAUUAUAAUAAA